AUGUGUGGCACCGAAUCUUCUCGUCCAGUACUCGGCGGCACAAUCGCUAUUCUGAAGUCAAUCGGCGAGUCAACAUUACCAGACCUAUCACUGCUCUUCCACCAAGACGAAGCCUCGACCACAACAGCAACGUUCCAAUCCUCUUCUGCGCCAGAGACUACAGCAGACGCGGAGCUGAGCAGCUGUCAAAUAGUGAUCUUUCGCGAUGGAGACCUCAGAGCUGUGGAGCCGAUGACAUCGGUAUUACACGCUUUCCCCUUAUCCACGUUUACAACGCAGUCGUUCAGCUUACCUCGGAAGCUCGAUCUAGGAGUCGGUGGUGAAGGCAUCAUUGGGAGAAGAGUUGGCUUGGUCAGGCACACACAAGUGUUAAGGCAAGGCAUCAUCGGAUGGAAUUGA